AUGUUAGAGGAAGCAUUACGCGAUUCGGGUACGGAAUCUGACGAAGACGAACUGGAAGAAAUCGCUCAGAACAAACUCAGUGUGAAAAAUGUCGAAGCGUUUCUUUCCGGUAGUCCUCCAGCCCUUUCAAGUUCUCCACCAGUCGCCAGCGAUAUCGAUACCGAGAGUUGGGACAGUUUCGGUCACGAGUCUGGCAUUCUGACAGGUGAAGGUGACUUGACCUCAGACGACGAUGACUGUCCCACUCCUAAGCCGUAA